AAAAGCAACUGUAACAACCCAGACACCAGAGCGGUCCUAGACCUACAAGCAGGACAGCUAGACACAGCACAAUGGCACUGAACAUGCGGAUCCAGGCUGCCUGCCUCCUGCUCCUCCUCCUGACCAGCCUUACCAGUGCCUCAGUUCUCCAUCAGACAAAACAGCUUGCAGAUCUCCAGACUCAGGACACAGCUGGAGCCUCAGCUGGCUUGACGUCUGGGCUCCAGAGGCUGAGGAGACGAGACACCCACUUCCCCAUCUGCAUCUUCUGUUGUGGUUGCUGUCAUAAAUCAAAGUGUGGGAUCUGCUGCAAGACGUAGAGCCUCUUGGCCCUCCUCUUCCUCCCUUAUUUAUUCCUGUCACCCUCCAACACUUGGUGAAUGGUCUCAGAAUAAAAUAGCUGGUUCUAGCUUUUGUUUUCCAAA